AUGGAGUAUAAAAUAAACAAUAAAAAACACCCUUUAUCGUCAAAAAGUAAAGUAGAAAACCCUUUGUCAUUCCAAUUCCAAUUGUUUUCACAAGGUCUUCUUCUACGUUUUCUCCCGCAACUAGGACAACAGCGAGAGAUAACGAAAUGGGGUUCUUCUCCUUUCUGCUGGCUCGUUUAUUCUUUGAUUCACUCUUCGUCCUCCCCGCACGGCGGAUUUCAGAUCUCUCUAUCUCUUCGUUCUCCACAGGUGGCAGCGUUAUUCCCUGUUCAAGUGCUCUUUGCUAACCACCGGCGCCGUGUUUCUCCUAUUUUUCGUUCUUCUUCUCAUCGUGGGCUCUUCUUCUUAGAUAAGAGCGGGUUGAAGAGCAAUGGUGUUGUUUUGACCAAAGUAGAUGUUCUGCAGAAGAAUGAAUUGGGUUGCAACAAAACCUACAAAAAGGAAUCAAAAUUGGAGCAAGAUGCCACACUUCAGUUCAGUUUUAGGUUUUGGCGUGGUUCAGGAACAACUGUUGUUACUCCAUAUGACCAAAACAUAAGUGGUUGUGCCUGCCCUUCAAGUGUUAGGUAUGCAUUUUUUUCAACAACAAGUUCUUCAUGUUCUUUUGAAGCCUUCAUAAGUGGUUGUGCCUACCCUUCAAGUGUUCGGUUUGAUGAAAACAAUUUAGCGGAAGCGGUUAUGAGAGUUCAUUGUGGUUAUUGAUGAGGUUGCAAUGCAGAGACAACAACAUUAUGGACUAUGGAGAAGCUGUACAAGGCCAACCAUGUUGAGGGGAGUACAAACAUUAUCUAGGGUGAAAAGGGAUUAUGAUCAAAGAAAGGUUGAAAUUGAUAAUGAUCAUUGAAAGAAAGGGAUUAUGUCCAAUUUUAGUUGUAUUUAUUAUUGAGUAAAUAUUGUCUAUCAUGGGAGCAGUAACCAUUAUUUUAGGUUUUUAUAGUAGGAGGUACUUUGUAGUAUCCAUAGAAUGGAGGUAAUCCACUAUGCAUUUAUGUAAAACUACAAACAUUUGAAUAAAGGAUCAUGUGUUUG